AUGGCUAUGAACAAACUUUGUUCUUUUUGCACACUACAUAGAAUUAUUCGUGACAUUCAUCGUGAGCCUCGUAAUAAAUACAAUUCAUUAAAUUAUCCUCAUGCAACUGCAGAACCUUUUGCUCAACAAAUCGAACAAUUAUCUCCGACAUUUACCUUUGGUGAGCAAGGAGAUUCAUCAGAAUUUUUAAUCUUUUUGUUAGAUCGUCUUGUUUCCUGUCUAAAAAUUAAUGAAGUUAUUGUUGAUAUAAAUUCAUCUGUACAACCAAUUCAACAAAUAUUUGGUUUAAAUAUUGUUUCUAUCAUUGAAUGCAAAAUUUGUUUUAAACGAUCAAGUGUUGAUACUUGGGAGAGUAUUUUAUCUCUACCCAUAUCUUCUUAUUCAAAUCUUAAUGAAAGUCUAUCAGCAUACUUCAGCAUUGAAGAAUUAAAAAAUGGUGAUUUAUAUUCAUGUUCUAAUUGUGGAAAAAGAGUACCAUCUAACAAAAUAUUUAAAAUUAAUAAAGGAUCAUCUGGGAUAUUUUUCCAUUUAAAGCGAUUUGAGCAUGAUGUAAAACUUAAUUCAACUCGUAAAAUUAAUGUGGUUAUGGCUUAUCCGGAAACAAUUAUACUUGAUUAUUAUUUUGAUGAAACUAGUCGACAAUCAAACAAAGAAAAUGAAGAUUAUAGUGUUAUCUAUAAAUUGAAUAGUGUAAUUGUACAUCAAUGUGAAUAUGUAACUAAUGGUCAUGUGUUUGCUUAUGUGCGUGCUCCUGAUGGAUAUUGGUAUAAAGCAGAUGAUGAACUAGUUACACCAGUUCAUUUAGAUUCAGUACUUAAUCAUAACGAUGCUUAUAUACUAUGUUAUGUUAAAAUGCCACAGGAUUCAAUAUAUUUAUCGGAUGAUGAGCCGAUAUCAUCUCCAAUACAUACAUCUUCAAUUUUAAUUUCAUCAACACCAACAGUUUCAUAUAAGUGUUUUGAUAAAGCUUGUGAUAUUUAUGAAGAUGUGCAUAUUCAAUUGGAUGAAAACGUUCAAGAUUCACAAGUACAACAACAGCAUUAA